AUGUCUCGGAGCCGGACUGACCCAAAGGCAACUGCAGUGGCGGAGUUGGGGCCAAAACUGUCAGCUCCGGGUCUAGCAAAGGAUGCGCUCUUGAAGACUUUGAAGCAAGGCUCGGGCCUCCUUGCUGAGCUCGGCCCAGUAGCAUCACCCAGCGUAAAGAACACGAUUAAGCCCUUCGUAGAGGCACUUGGACAGCAGUCAAUCGUUCGUCACAAGGACAAGGAUGUCAAGCUGCUGGCAGCGUCAUGCAUCAGCGAAGUGCUCAGGCUGUGCGCCCCCGACGCUCCAUAUGAGGACCCGACCCUCAAGGACAUCUUCCGGCUCUUUACCUCCGUCUUCGAAGGGCUCAACGAAGUCACGGGGUCGUCCUACCUCAAGCGCGUCGCGGUCCUGGAGAGCCUCGCCAAAGUCAAGUCGUGUGUCAUGAUACUGGACCUAGACGAUGAGGAGCUGGUGCUCAGGUUCAUGGAGACUCUGUUCGACGUCAUCCAUAUCGACCAAGCGAGGAAUGUGCGCAUGGCUAUCUUGGAGGUGCUGGCGAUCCUGAUUGACGAGAGCGAAGACGUCACGCAGCCCUUUCUGGACCUCAUACUCUCGUACCUGUUCUCUCCCAAAAAGAACGACAACCCCGCAGCCGCGCAGCUGGCGCAGGCGCUCCUGAAGCGCGAGGUGGAGGUGCUGCGCAACCCGCUCCAACAGUUCCUGCUCUCGGUGAUGCUUAAGGGCAAGUCGCAGAGCGAGCUUAAGAAGGACUACCAUGACAUCAUCUAUGAGGUGUACCGCGCCGCGCCGCAGCUGCUGAUGACGGUGCUGCCAAACCUGGAGGGGGAGCUGCAGGUAGACCAAGUCGAGACCCGGCUGAAAGCGAUCGACUUGCUCGGCAAGAUCUUCUGCAUCCCGGGCGAUCAGGCGGCCACCGAGUACCGCCCGCUCUACAACGAGUUCGUCCUCCGCUUUAACGACAAAGCCGUCGAAGUACGCGCCAAGAUGGUGCAGUGGGCCCAGCAGUUCCUGCCGUCGGCGCCGGACGCGCAGGCGAAAGAGAUCUCAGACAACUUACUGCAGCGGCUGAAAGACUACGACGAUAAGAUCCGGUCCCAGGCCGCUGUGGCGGCCUGCGAGGUGGCGAGCGUCAACCCGGACGCAGUCUCGGCGGAGCUGCUCAUGGCUGCCGCCGACCGGAUGCGAGACAAGAAGGUAUUUGUCCGGAAGGACGCCCUCAAAGCGUUCACCCAGCUGUACAGCAAACAGGUCACGUGGGUGACGCAAGGGCAGAGCGUCGACGACAGCAAGUUCGCGUGGAUUCCGGCCCGGCUAGUCCGCCUUGUAUACGAUAAGGACAUCAAAUAUCAACACAUUCAGAACGUCUUUGAGGAGGAGCUUUUCCCCGUGAAAACGCCGGUCGAGCAAAGAGCCCGGCACUGGGUGUCCAUGUUUAGCACGGUGGACGAUGUCGAAAGGAAAGGACUGGGAUUCAUUAUGACUCUGAAACAAAGGGCGCAGCAGGAGAUGCGUACGUACCUUGAAGUCAGGCAGCUGCUCAAGGAGAACCCCACCGAUAAAGAAACCCAAGACCGCAAGACUGCAGCGUUCCGGUCGCUGUCGACCAACUUUGUGGACCCCAACAAGGCCAUGGAGCACCUGGCCAAGCUGGACCAACUGAAAGACAACGCUAUCUUCAAGGGCCUGGCGCAGCUACUGGACGUCGGGGUCUCCAUGGUGGCGGCCAAGAAAGCGCAGGAGGACGUGCUGAAGCGGCUCGGUCAGAAGCACGCGCAGCACGACUUCCUCAAGGCGCUCGCGCAGAAGGUGUCGUACACUCUCAUCAGCAAGGAUUUGGUGACCGCCAUCUUGGGCCUGCUCUCGGAGCGUGGGGGCCUGGGACCCAGCCUCAUGAAAGCAGCGGUGGACCUUCUAGCCGCGAUUGCGUCCCACUUCCCGCACCUCCUGGCUGACUCGGUGGACACGAUGCUGGCGCUACUAGAAGAGGAGAGCGACGUGCUGAAAGACGCGGGGACGCAGCUGCUGGCCAAAGUGGGGACCCAGCUCAAGAACAGCGGGGGAGAAGCGAGUCAAAUCUGGUCCCAUUUGGAGCGGCUGUGCUUGGCCGGCACGCGCAACCAAGCCAAGAACGCCAUGCUGGCCCUUCUGAGUCUAUCUAGAGACGACGCCGGUACUGAGCCCCUCUCCGAGCUAUACGAGCAAUUAUACACGGCGCUCGUUGACUGCGACAACCUGCCCGCCGUCAUCCAGUCCCUGGGCUGCAUCGCCCAGCAUCGGGUAGAGCUCUUCGAAAAGCGGGAGGAUGACAUCAUUCGGUUCGUCAUCCGGAACCUGAUGAAGAGGCCUAGCGACGUCGAGGACGACCAAGAGUGGGACGCGCCCAGUUUGGCUUGCUUGCUACAGACGUACAGCCUGAAGAUGCUGGUCAAGAGCUUCUUGCAACCAGACUCCACCGGUGGCGCACGGACUACGAAACUGAAGGGGCUUCUAAACCUCCUGUCGAAGCUGAUCUCAGGGAACGGCCAGCUGACACCUGGCAUCGAGUUCACCGAGGUCGACAAAGCCCACGUCCGGCUGGCGGCGGCAAAGGGGAUCGUCAGGAUCUCACGCUACCAUCAUCUGCAAGUGGUACCGGACCUGACAGAGAAGACGAGCCUGGUCGUUCAGGACCACGCCGUUGAGGUUCGGCGAGACUUUCUGGACAAGGUGCACCGAAGGCUGGUGGAGAAGAAGUUGCUCACCAAGUGGGCGGUCGUGCUGUCCCUGGCGACGGUGGACGACGAUCGGGAGGUGGCGAGCAACGCCCGUCGAUACCUGGGCGAGUUCGUGGAGGUCAAGCGGCGCGAGGGCCACGCAAAGCUGGCGGCCGCCGACGAGUCUCGGUUCAAUCCGGAGCAGCCCGCGAACCUGCUGGCGUUCCACCCGGAGCCGCUGCUCAUGUACCUGCUGCACCUGCUCGCGCAUCACCCGGACUUCCCGGCCGAGGAGGACGCGGGAGACGCGAGCGCGUACGAGAUUUUCCAAAAGAUCCUGGUAUUCACGCUGAAGGCGCUGACGCACUCGGACGCGGAGUCGCGGUCGGAGGCGAGCAAGGAGGAGAACGACAACCUGCCGGCGCUGUUUGCGAUCCUGCGUCACAUCAAGGCCGCACAGGACGCAGUGGAACCCGACAUGAGCGAGAGGCUGUACGUGCUGGCCGACCUGUCAUUGGCGAUCCUGAAGGAGCUGACGAGCAAGAAGCUGUGGAACAGCGGGGCGUAUCCCGGGAAGGUCAUCCUGCCGACCGCCUACUACAAGCUUCCGGAAAGCGAGGCCGGGACUUCGGAGAACGAGGUCGUCAAAACAAAGGCGGAUGGCAGUCACUUGCCAACGUGCCUACAAAACGUCGAGCUGACGAAAGUGGCCAAGACGCCCCGGGCACACAAGGCGGCGAACGGAGGGCUGGGGAGCCCCACAGCGAAGGUCGGCAGCGCUUCCAAGGGAGAGGGCGGCGCACUCGCGCUCACCGGGCGGAAGCGCAAGGCGAGCCAGAAGAAGCUGGCGCAAGCGAGCGAAGACGAGGAAGAGAGCGAGGAGGACGAAGAGCCUCCUAAUCCAAAGACGCCCAAAACAAUGGGGAAGGCCAAAGCUGGAGCAUUGACGAUUCCGAAAGCAACGCCGAAGCCCCUUGCCGUGGCGAGCCCCGCUUGGCGAGACGAGGAAGUGAACGGGGCAGAUUCGCAGGCCGUGGGGAAGAGGAUUCGCGUGUGGUGGCCGGAGGACAAGUGCUAUUACCUGGGUGACGUCACGAGCUUCAAUCCGAAGAAGGGCAGCCACAGGAUUCUAUACGACGACGGCGACCGCGAGGAGCUGAACCUGGCGCAGCAGCGGUGGGACUUUGUGGACGAUUCCGGGAACCUGCGCGACUCCGAGGAGGACCGCGCGCGCAAGUUGGGCGUGCGCGCGCUCACGGCGCCCGCCACCCCGAGCCGGCGCGGCCGCAAGUCGCCCGGGAAGAAGCGCCCCGCGAAGAAGACCCCGAAAGCCGACGCAAAGGCGGAGGAACUAGAGGAGGGGGGAAAUGAGGAGACGGGAGAAGAGCCGGCGAAGAACAAGGAAGAGCCGAAGAAGAAAGCUGCGCGCGGGAAAAAGGGGAAGGCUGAGACGGAGGUCGAAGCGGCGGAGGUGGGGGCGAGUCCGGAGAAGAAGAAGAGAGGGAAGCAAAAGGAAGAGGAGGAUGCGGAGGUGAAAGAAGAUGAGACGAUAGAGGAAGCCCCCGAGGCCGAAGAGGAGGAAGAAGAGACGCCGAAAGCGAAGCGAGGGAAGGGCCGGAAGCGGGCGGGCGCAAGUCCCCGGGCGAAAGGCGGCAGGAGUCGCAAGAAGGCCGACGCGCCGGCGGUGUCAAGUGAGGUCGCCGUUACCCCCCCGGAGGAGGCGGCGCCGGAGGGGGAGCCCUCUGGGGGGGUGGCUGUGCCUGAGAAGAAGGGGGGGCGCGUGGGAAAGGCGGCGAGUCCCAAGGGGAGGAAGCCCGCGCGGGGGGGGAAGAGGCAGAGCGCAAAAGAGGCAAAGGCGGUGAAGCAAGUGAAGGCCGCGAUCACGGAGAAGGAUGAGGAAGAGGCGGAGGAGAAACUAGAGGUGGAGGAAGUGGGGGACGAGCGGGAGGCGAAGCGGAGAAAGGGGAUCACCGCAGUCGACAGCGAAUCUCAAGAGCCGAGCCAGAUUGCCGCCGCCGAGGGGGCCCCUCCCGAAACGACCAAAACUGAAACGCCUCCUACGAUUGCCGCCGCAAGCCCGUCGGAGGGGGGUUCGCGCGGCAGGAAGCCCAAGGGGGGGACCAAGAGGGCCGCUCCGAGGGGGGGUGCCAAGAGCAAAGCGGCCGAGUCGGUCGAGCCCCCCCCAAAAGCAACAGUGAGUAGCCCGGCGUUUGAUUGGAACGAGACACAGGACGAAAAGGAAGGGGAAGGGGGGGCUACGAAGAAGGAUGCAGAAGGGAAUGCUAACGAGUCCAAGCCCACGCACGGGGAGGCGGUUUCGGGAGAGGUAGAGGGGACUGGCGAUGGAGAACAAGGCGGAAAGGCGGAGGCGGCGGGGGAAGUGCCGGACCAGAACGAGGAUGGGGAGGAAGACGAAGACACGAGACCGACGACGACAGUGCGAAGCCGCAAAAGACGAGUACGAUGAUAUGAAGACACAUCAGACAGAGACCAGCGCAAAUGGAUCUGACGAGGAGUGUUGGGGACAAGGUCAAAGGUCAUAUUCCCAAGAAUUGCAAUUUUUAGCCUUGUUUUCUACACAUGCCUUUCCUAUGUGAUCCCUCUUGCACGUAAAGUUGGAUUCCUCUCAGAGCUACGAUGGACUUUCAAGGUUCAGGGGCCAGAAACAGUAGCGCAAAUCGUAGUUUCUUAUAUAGCUCCGGUACUUGAUGGUCCAAAAGCGUGAGUAAAUAAAGGUCAGGAGAGCGUUCUUCUCAUGCAUGGGCCCUAUGUAUGUCUCCAGGUAAAGUGACAAGUUUGACUCAACAUACGGUUGCCAUUUCAUUGCUUCAUGGAACUUGACUGCC